AUGGGCCCGCCAAGUGGCGGUAUCGGCAUCAAAAUCAGCGAUUCUGUGAUCGGAACGGAGCUAUCAUCUGCCAAUGAUGAGAUGGCGAGAGCUAACACUCAAAAUGCUGCCUCGCUGGAGAGAGUCGAAAAACUGGAGGAUUUAAUUUUAGAGGCUUAUAGUUGCAUGCAGAUUGACGGAGAGUACAUUAUUCUGCCAGAUGAAGUAGCAGAAAAACUUCAUCGUGCUUCCGAACAGGUGUGUGGACACUAUGACGAGGUUUGGAACUCGCUGAUCUAUAAUUGUCUAACUGUACUUUCGAAGAUACAGGACAGUCGUGAGGAGGAACAAAUUGAUGAAAAUUUAAGGGCUGGUGAGAAUCUUAGUAGCAGAAGUGCUGCUGCUACUCAUGCGGAUCUGCAGGAGUGUAAUCUGCGACCGAAUAAUUUCAUCAUAGAUUUGCCGGAGCCAGAGAAGGAAAAGGAACAAAUUCAGGGAGAUUUGGAAGGCGGUGUGCAAGAUCUAAGAAGUUUAGACGUAUCAAGAGAGCGUUUGAGCGUAGAGGAAAAAGCAAAACAACACAAAUUGCAGAAUUUAAAUACCGAGGCGGGAAAUCUGGGCCCUGAGAUUCACAAUCGACAAGUACCUCCAGCGGCGUCGUCUAAUAUUUUCAUAGAGCUCGUUUCGCUGCCUGAAGCUGACGAGAAUACUUCAAGUGGGUCGCCAUCCCCUUUAUCACAACAUAUUUUCUCGAAUAGUGGCGAAAAAAUUUCGACGCCGAAUUUGUCCAUUUCAACGCAUAGGCAAGGACACUUGGCUCCAGACCGUUUAACUUUAGCACCAAACAGCGUUACAGAUAGCUACCAAAUAACACCCGACCAAUUACUCAGUAGCAAAUGUCGAAGCAAGAUUCUUACAUAUGAAAAGAGAAGGGAUGCCGCCAUUAAGCUGAAAGAAGACAAAAAGAUACGUGAGCUACGCAUACGCGAGUCAGCACGCAAGCAGCGCGAAGAUUCAAAGCGGAAAUUGGAAGAGGUUCAACAACGGGAGAUGGAAGAAAAACGUGAGCGUGUACGGCGAAUUCGCGAAGAAAGGCUUAUCCGCCGUACGGGAAAAACCACAAUCGCGCACGGAUCAAAACAGGACGGGCAGUUUUGA